AUGAAGGUUCUCCACUACCAGAGAUUUAGAUUCAUCUGGCUCACCAAGUCAGCUGGCCGGCACUUUCACAGAGACCCCCAACUCCGGACGCCUCUGACACUAGCUGACUUUGAAGCCAUAAAUCGCCUUGAGAAGCCAUUACCCAAGAACUUUAACUUUGCUGCGGAUGUGCUGGACCAGUGGUCCCAAAAGGAGAAGUCUGGAGAGAGGCCAGCCAACCCCGCCCUGUGGUGGGUGAAUGGCAAAGGAGAGGAAGUGAAAUGGAGCUUCCGAGACCUGGGCUCCCUGUCCAGGAAGGCUGCUAACGUGCUCACCAAGCCCUGCGGCCUGCAAAGAGGAGACCGGGUGGCUGUGAUUUUGCCCCGAAUCCCCGAAUGGUGGCUCAUCAAUGUGGCUUGCAUGAGAACAGGGCUUGUCUUCAUGCCAGGAACCAUCCAACUGACCAGGAAAGACAUCCUUUACCGGCUGCAAGCAUCCAAGGCCAAGUGCAUAGUAGCCAGUGAGGAAGUGGCCCCCGCGGUGGACUCUAUUGUGUCAGAGUGUCCCAACCUGAAGACUAAACUCCUGGUGUCUCCGCACUGCUGGGACGGGUGGCUCAGCUUUCAGGAGUUACUUCAAUCGGCUUCUGAAGAGCACAACUGCGUGGAGACAGGAAGUCAAGAACCGAUGGCCAUUUACUUCACCAGUGGGACCACAGGUUCCCCCAAGAUGGCUCAGCACUCACAGAGCAGUCUUGGCAUCGGGUAUGCCCUUUGUGGAAGGUAUUGGUUGGACUUGACGCCCUCAGAUAUCAUGUGGAACAUGUCAGACACUGGCUGGAUCAAGGCUGCCAUUGGUAGUGUGUUUUCUACGUGGCUUCGGGGUGCCUGUGUUUUUGUGCACCGGAUGGCCCAGUUCAACACUGAUACCUUCCUGGAUACGCUUACCACGUAUCCCAUCACGACCCUGUGCAGUGCUCCUACUGUGUACCGGAUGCUCGUACAAAAGGACCUUAAGAGAUACCAGUUCAAGAGCCUGCGGCACUGCUUGACAGGAGGGGAGCCACUCAACCCAGAGGUGCUGGAGCAGUGGAAGGCGCAGACCGGGCUGGAGCUCUACGAAGGCUAUGGGCAGACUGAAGUGGGAAUAAUUUGUGCCAAUCUCAAAGGACAAGAAAUUAAACCGGGCUCCAUGGGAAAAGGAGUGGCGCCCUACGAUGUGCAGAUUAUAGAUGAAAAUGGAAAUAUCCUACCACCUGGCAAAGAAGGGGAAAUUGCCCUCAGGCUGGAGAAUACUCGGCCCUUCUGCUUCUUCUCUGAAUAUGUGGACAAUCCAGAAAAGACGGAUGCCACAAUCAGAAGAAAUUUUUAUGUCACUGGAGACAGAGGAGUAAUGGACAACGACGGGUAUUUCUGGUUUGUCGGCAGAGCUGAUGAUGUCAUUAUAUCCUCUGGGUACCGGAUUGGACCGUUUGAAGUGGAGAGCGCACUGAUAGAGCACCCAGCAGUAGUUGAGUCGGCUGUUGUCAGCAGUCCGGAUCCCGUCCGAGGAGAGGUGGUGAAAGCGUUUGUAGUAUUAGCUGCACCCUUCAAGUCCUCCAACCAUGAGAAGUUAACUGCUGAGCUUCAGGAUCAUGUGAAAAAUUCAACAGCACCUUACAAGUACCCAAGAAAGGUGGAAUUUGUUCAAGAACUCCCGAAGACAAUCACUGGGAAAAUCAAACGCAAUGUGCUAAGAGACCAGGAGUGGGGCCGAGCGUAG